UUACUUAGUCGAUCGCUUUUGUUACGUUGUCUGGAUAUCGAGUCGAGGUUGGUUAUGAUUUCGGAAGCGAGUUCGGAUAUACACUUAUUAAACACCGGAGCCGGCCUCGGCAAAGAUAUUAACUCUUUUUUUUAUAUUAAUACCGCCACAACUUAAACAGCCAAUUGAAAAGAGCAAUUUAACCGAUUUAUCUUUAACAGGCCCGGAUAUAUGAUCUUAACCCCGUUCAGCUUGCUGAACGGCUAGCAAAGCUAGUCGACAAACACAGGAUCAUUUGAGAAUAUAAAUCUCUAGAAUUGCAAUAAUUAAUACUAAAGCUACUUACAAGAAGUUACAAGAAGUUACAAGUUAUCAACAUUUCCCAAUUCUCAUCAUCACCAACCAUGUCAGAUCCUUCUACUAUAUUCGACAAGACAGAUCCAACCACCCCUGGUUACUAUGGAUCUUCCCGGACAGCCUUACUUCUCCUAGACUUCCACUCCAUGAUUGUACAAAAAGCCGGUGGACCAAAGGCUCUUGCAGCCCUUCGCGUAGCGGCCAAUAUGAGGGCUUGGGCAAAGUCGCAAGGCAUCCAAGUAAUCCAUGCCCUGAUAGACUUAAACACAUCGACGUUCGAGACAUGCCGAGGCGCCGAAAAGCUUACGGAAACUAUCGCGAGCGCAAGGUCAAGCGGCGGCGAAGAAGCUAUCGAACUGUCUGAAGGAAGCAGCGACGACGUCACGUUUACUCGAAAACCCGGCCAUGUUUCUGCACUUCGAUCCCCCGGCCUAGAUAACUUUCUGAGGCAAAAUGACAUCAAAUCGCUCGUUAUUACCGGCCUGAGCACAUCCGGGUGCGUGAUGAGGACUGCGGUUGCAGCUACUGACGCCGAAUACGUCGCUACAGUCAUUUCCGAUGGUUGUGCUGAUCCGGAUGAGGCUGUCCAUGAUAUUAUGAUUAAUAAGAUCCUUAACACGAGAGGAUAUGUCACUACUGCUGCUGAGUUUCAAGACGGGUUUAGAAAGGCCCAGGGAGUGGAAUAAAACGAAUUCGUACUGGGACCACCUAAGCAUCCUUCAGAGGCGUUUCUUGAUAAGUAGUAUCCGUGCCUCGAAGAAUGACUUUCACGGGGUUUGAAGAAGAAGACCCUUAUGAAAUUCGUCAAACUGGAAGCUAGGUACAACUACCCAAGGCCACCUAACCGGAGCGGCGCGGAUGAUAUAGCGACU